GAAUCCGGCUUCUUUCACCAACCCUUUGUUCUGUGUCGGUGUGACCCAAUCUAGAGUGAGAGGGAAGGAAAGGACCGGUGGUGGAAACGCAUAGGAAAUGAUGACUGUCGGGGGAUUUUCGGCAUCCCCACCACCAUCAACGACAUAUUCUCGAAUCCCAUCAAUCACCCACAAAAACCCUUGUCCCAAUCCAUCAUGGGUCCCCUCAGCUGUUACCCCUCCUUGUCUUUCAUUUGAGAAUAUUCCCUUCUCUUCUUCGUCUCUAAAGGUCAGAUCAACAAGAUUUGGGGGAGUUUUAUCAAAUACUAUCUGCUUUAGGUGCAAUAGCAGCACAGGACCAGGGGCUCCUGGCCCUGGCGAGAGCGACAGCAGGAGUGUUCUGGAUGCGUUUUUCUUGGGGAAGGCCCUAGCAGAAGCAGUUAAUGAGCGUGUUGAGUCUGCAGUAGGGGAGUUUUUUAGUGCACUUGGUAGAUUACAAGCUGAGCAGCAAAAGCAAGUGCAGGACUUCCAGGAGGAUGUAUUAGAGAGAGCCAAAAGAGCCAAAGAGAAGGCAGCGCAUGAAGCCAUGGAAGCACAAAGUCUUACUCCCAAGCCCUCCACGGCAGAGGUAUCGGUUGUUAGUGAUGUUGAUACUACUACAAAUUCAGCCUCAGUUACCGUUGCAGUCGCUUCAGCAAUCUCACCACCGUCAUCCAGCUCGAGCACCCCCGAUGUCGAGACGAAAGAAGAUACUAAUCCCACUGAGAACGAUCCACUUGAAGGGGUAUCAGAUAAUGACUGAUGGUUCCAUCUCCCUUUGUUACCUCCAGUCAGUUUUCAUUGCCUGGUGCAACCGGUGACACUCUGUUCUACGUUGGAGAUGAGGUUCUUGGAAAUUUUUAGUAUUUCAAGGUGAAGUCCAAUGGGACAUGAUGUCUUUGUAAAAUUUUCUGAUUUCACAGUUUGAGUCCAAUGGAGCAUGAUUUUUUUGCUCUGAAACACAGUUAAAUUUAUGACAGUUUUGUGGCAUUUAUCGUAGUCA